UGACAGAUAAGUGAACUACCAGCUCUUUGGAGAGCGAUAGAAAAAGAGAGAGUGAAUGACAGCGAGCUGCGCGCGCGCGCGCGUAUGUGUGUGUGUGUUUUAGAGAGAGACAGAGAGAGAGAGAGAGAGAGAGAGAGUGCAUGAUUGUGGAGGCCUACAGUUAUGCAAAGACCGUGCUGUGUUGUGUUGCCAUUACGCACGAUUACGCACUGACAGCUACUUUGGAGACAGCAGCUCUCGAAGCAGUGGAGCGGGAUUUUCCCCUUUUUCAGGAAGAAGAAAGAAGUUUCAUUCGACAUUCACUUGAUUUCCAGUAGAACAGCUUGAUCUUGAGAGCACACCAGAGUCAGCUGCCAUUGAUCCCAACAGGAAUGGUGGAUCACCUGCCACUUGGUGAGGAGACCUUCCUGUAUUACACCGGCUCCCUGGGGUCUGACUGCAACUGUCUCUGCCGCCACGCCAAUGGUGGUGUGUUGUCGGGCAUCAUGGUAACGGAUGCGUGCGGUUAUCACCACCACCACCACCACCACCACCCUUACCAAGGGUUGACGGUCUCCUCUCCUCGCCUCUCUGAGGAUGACCUCAGUGAUUCCUCCAGCCCUCGUUCUUCCCUCUGCUCGAGCCCAGAGUCCUCAUCACCAGCCUCCCGGCACAUUUUCAACUCUGGUUUUGAGAGCAGGGGCAGCAGGAGCAGCGGGAGCUACAGCUCCUCGUCAGGAGGAGAGAGUCAGGACAGCCUGCUGGACAUUCUUCUCUCGCAGAACUCCCUUACCACCUCAUUAAAUCAUAAUGCCAGCAUCAGCAGCAGCUCUCUCACUUCUAUUUCUUCCUCUCUGUAUGUCUCCUCAACACCCUCCUCAUCUCUUACUGCCCCCCUUUUACCUAUGGGCCAGACCUGGGAGUCCAAGAGAGAGCAGCGACUGAGUCUCCUCCAGCAGCAGUCCAAAGAGGACUGUUACGAGUUUCCCGUUUUCCUUGAUGAGCUGCAGGAUCCUACGGCGCAUCUCUUUCAGCCCACCCUGGAAGAGAUUGAGGAGUUCCUUGAGGAAAACAUGGUGGUGGCAAUGGAGAAAGAAGAGGAGGGGAGUGAUGAGGCGAUGUCACCAACAUCAGAGGAUGCUGAGGUUGAAGGUUCAAGGACAUUAGCAGGAGAAUUGGUGUCAGUGCCACAGAACUCAGAUCAGACUGUUCCCGUAGCCCACUCUCCAUAUUUGUCCCACACAGAGACCAAACAUUCACCAUGUGCUUCAGAAAUGGACAAUUCACUAUCAACGGUGGAUGCUAGUUGUAUAGCGAGUUGUAGUGCUUCUAGUUGUCAAGUUGAUGAGAUCAAACAGGAGGACUGUGGCUCAUCAGAGGGCACCAAUGGUCCCUCCAGUGUGCCUGUCAUCUUACAAAUCCAGCCAAUACAAAUCAAGCAAGAACCAAACCCCAGUGCCAUAUCUGACGCUGUCAUCCAAGAAACCCAGCCACACAAAACUCAAUCUCAGUCAAACCAGUCCUCAUCGGAUAUCAAAAUUGCCCAGCUCCUGGUGAACAUCCAGGGGCAAACCUUUGCUUUGGUACCUCAGCUGCUUUCCCCGGCAAACAUCGGUUGCUCAAAUAAAAACAAAAAUGCUUCUUCAUCUAAAUUUGUGCGGAUUGCGCCCGUUCCUAUUGCUGCUAAACCCACUGGGCUUGGGGAAGGUGUGUUGGGUGGAGGUUCGGCUGUUGGGGUCCUCGCUGCAGGACAGAGGUACCAGAAGAGCGCAGUAGCAGACCUUAUUAAAAUGCACAAGUGUUCUUUUCCCGGCUGUAACAAGAUGUACACCAAGAGCAGCCAUCUUAAAGCCCACCUGAGGAGACACACGGGCGAGAAGCCCUUCGCCUGCACGUGGCCCGGCUGUGGAUGGAGGUUCUCCCGGUCCGAUGAGCUGUCCCGGCACCGUCGCUCCCACUCGGGGGUGAAACCGUACCAGUGCAUCGUGUGUGAGAAGAAGUUUGCCCGCAGUGAUCACCUGUCGAAACACCUCAAAGUCCACCGCUUUCCACGAAGCAGCAGGACAGGACGCUCUGCAAACUGACCCUCCUGACCCACUCUGACAGACUGACGCUAAGCAGGGGCUGGGGCAUGUGCGUGUGUGUUUGUGUGUGUGUGUGUGUGUGUGUGAGAGAGAGAGGACAGACAGAGGUGGAGGGUGAAAGUCCAAACGCCCUUUAAAGGAGUGUGUGCAGGGCCAUUUCUGCUUGUGUGUGUUUCUGUUCGCGUAUGUAUGCGUGACGUACAUUCAUGGUACUGUGAUAAUUUAUUGGGUGGCGAGGAAAAGACUGUAAAAGCUGAACUAAAGCAGAAAAAAAACUGUUACUUGACAUAACACCCUCACAGGUGGAAUAAGCUUCUUGUAUAUUACAACAUUUAUUUGUUUCGCUCAAAUCGUUAAUGGAAUUUGAAGAAAAUCGCUGUUCAGAGCCUGUUUCUUUUUUUUAUCUUUCCUUUCCAACACUGAGGUGUGUGUUCGACUCAAAAGCCAUGUAGUAAUAGGUGUUGUGAGACUUGGGGUGGGAUAGGGAGGCACUACUAUUUAAAACCCUCGGUUUUUUCCCCCUUUGUACUUGUUGUUCAAAAGUAAUAUUAGGAAUAAUGUAUCUCUCACUGGUUUAAAUUGUAUCUGUUGCCAGCAGCAAAAGCAUUAUAUUAAUAAGCCUUGUGAUCUACAAGAUGGCUUCACUUCUAUUUUGUUUGCAAACCUCCAAACUAGGCGUAGAGCCACUUUCUUGCUUUGUUUUGGUUUUUGACAUUGGGAUGAUGGGAUGUUGCCUGGGGCCCGCCAAUCAUCUUGAAAUGUCCCUUUCAUCAAUAGACGGCAGAGUAGACGAUGCAUCAACAUUCCUUCAGCUUUGAUUCGGUCUCUUUGUUGCCUUUGAGUUAUUGUUAGUGAAAAAACGAAACCCCGCGUAGUAACCUCAAACUCGAUCCCUGGAAGAACAAAGCUCAUCGAGGAAUUACUGCUCACCAACACGGAUCAUUGUAAUGUGUAAUUUGCACUGGUGAAUGUGAGAUGUCUCGCUUCAUUCACGUACAGUCAUGCCCUCUUCGUCUCAUCUGGUGGAAGGGGACUGUUUAUCAGAAUGGUUGUCGUUUUUAUGGCCCUCUGUUUAUUUUUGGAUCCAAACAGACUUGGGUUGCAGCUAAAUCUGAUGGCAAUCUGCAAAAGAUUUCAAGCUAACUUUGAAAACAAGCAUGCGUAGAAGCAAGUCUGCUGCUCCGUUUUCGACUUGUGAUGAAUUGCAUUUGUUCUCAAGUUGUGUGCCGUUAUGUGAGGCCUAAUCAUGUAUUGCUUAAUGUCCCCUAAAAAUGAUCAUACACGACAGUAAUUUAAUAUGAAAGGACACAGAACGUUUAGUAACUGUAUGGGUCUAACUGCCAAAUCAAGUUUUUUUUCCCCUUUUCUUGCCACGUAAUAAUUCUGCUUCAGUUUUCUAUUAAAAAGACAUAAUGUUCUUAUUGAAAUGAACUGGAAUUCAUUUUAGUCCUUAUUGCCUAUUCAGAGAGAUGAUAAGUAAGUUUGUUUACACCGCCAUGAUGGCAGGAAAGGGCUCUGCUAAAGUGAACGUAAGACCACAGAGAUCGAGCAACAGAUCAAACAACUUAACAAACUUACUAUAACUAUGGUACUAUACUAUAUAUAAGUAUAGAAACAGCCAGAGUGGACAUUAUUAAAGGAACUGCAGUAUCCAGGCAAAUUCAACUUUCUGAUAAACUUUCCCUCAUCCAAUCAAAAUGUGUUGACACUACACAAGCAAAAUCCAUUGUCUUUGUGUUUCCCAGGCUCAUUUUAUGGUGUCGAUCUAACUCUGUCGCCCAUUUUCACUGUUUCUGAAUACAAGCAGCAUAGAAGCUGCCUGACAUAUCGCCUGGAAUAUAUGCUGCAGAUUAAACUGGAUUUGAAAUGGACUCCUGCCAAAAUGGCGUUGUUUUGAGUCUGACUGUUGCAUGGUGGUGAGACAGUUAGUGGGAAAUAGUGAGACAGUUAGUAAGUGUUUCUGUAUGUAAAGGGAGCACAAAUGAGCCUGAUGUAACAUUUGAAGUAGAGUCAGCAAAUAUGUUAGCUCACAUUAGCCACCAAAGGCUACUGGUCACACCAGAAUUCAGUGAACAACUGUUUUAAUUCUUAUGAAUUAUAAGCUUGAUUUUCAAAAGACAGUGGCCUUUUUUUUAAAAAAAAUCUAUGUAGACUCACUUUAAUAUAUGGAAUGUUUUGCACCUACUGUAUCCUAGAGGGGGAGUGGCUCAGUUUGCGCCCAGUGAAGCCUGUUCUCAUGCAAUUAUGCAAGUUUUUGGUUUUUUUUCUCCCUAAUUCCACAUAUUAAUUUCAGGAGCUGAAGAAUGAUAUUAAAUGAUUUACAUAUCAAAUUUAACUUGAAUUGUUUAUGCUUGUUACCUAUGUGUUGUUGCGACUGGAAUUGUAAGCCAUUACAGCAUUCAUAAGGGAUCGCUCUCAUUGUCUCUGCUCUUACGCUAACAAUAAUAACAAUAACACUUAACGCAGCAUAUUAUUGAGCGGAAAGGAAAUUAUUAAUCAUCCAAACUCACCAAUAUCUGCCCAUGUUCUUGGAACAUACCAGUUAUCUUGCCUUUUGUCUUGUACUGUAAGGAAACAGUGAGUGUUUUUCUCUUUUCUAUCAUUUCUUGCCAUUGUAUUGAUAUGUAUAGAUUUGAUUAUGUGACUCUGCAUCUGAGUUGAAUGAAACAAAGGGGAAAAAAAAGGCAUGGGAGGGACAUGACAUGUCCACUGCACAGAGAUGGAUUGCUGUGCCAUAUUGUGAUUCAGUAUUGAAAUGAUUUGAGGAAAGAACGUGGAAUUCGGAAUUGAAAUUCACUUCUUUUUCCUUGAAAAUAUUUAAUUAGCAAUGACAUACCCCUGUACGCUGUAUGGAGUUAGUGUUUGAACUCUGGCAGGCAUUCCUUCCAUGUAAUCAAAAGAAACACUUCUCUGAAUGGGCAUCCUACGUGAGCCCGUGAAUGUAUGUAAAUAACUGUAUAUGCAUCUAAAGAGAGAAGAGAAAUAUUCUUUUAGUGAUUAUUGCAAUUGUGAAAGAUUUUUAAAAAGAAAUAUGUAAAGAAAGUGUACAUAACGUGAUAAUUCAAAUAUAUUAUUAAAAAAGCUGUAGCAACUUGCGGUUUGUCAGACGUUUAUGCAACACAUUUAAAAGUCUCGUUUCACGGUAAACGGUACAUACAUACAGCAUCUGUCGGACUUGACAACCGACAGUGUGGCGUGUUGUCAUGUUGUGAAACGUGAUUUUCAAAUGUGUUCUGUUAACGUAACACAA